UAUGAAUUGCAAUUUAUAGAUCUUCCGAAGAUAUUCCCGCUUAUUGAAGUGUACAAAAUAAUAGAUGUGUUUAUAUGAGACCAUGCUGCCAAACUUGAUAUUCUGGUCUUGAAUGUGAAGUUUUAUCAUUUUGUCAAGUAUGUAUGUGCAACAUUGGAGCUAAAAACGUACCGUGAAACGAAAACAUAAUACAAUAAACACGGAUAAAGAAGCGAGAAAGGUCAUUUUGUACUGUUCAGUGUAGAAGACAAUGUUGUGUUAGUGAAAGAAAAGAGCAAAAUUUACGAGUAUCAAGGUAUGUAUGCACCUCACGGCUAGCCUGGGUCUCCUGACAUUCAGGUUCGAACCCGUGGCAGGCUUUUUUACUAUUUUGGAAUGGAUGAGGAUGAGAUUUUGCCUGAUUAACGUUAUGAAAUAGAGUCAGUGUCAGUGAUUCACUGCUUGCAAGAUGGUGAAGGCAUGAUGGAAACAGGGCAGGCAGGUUACUCAAUGGAAGGCUCCUAUAUGAAUCAGGAGAUAAACAGCUAUGGGCCCGGUCCCACUAGCCAGGGCUCAGAUGCGUACAUGCGAAUGAAUGAAAACAUGCAUAUGCCACAUUAUAAUUCUUAUAAUAGACCAGGCUACCAGAGUAUGGAAAGCAAUGAUUACGGUAAUGUCAAUUCAGGGGUUGGCGGGUAUCAGCCCGGGGCCUACUCUGGCCCACCCCGCUCAAACAUGGGGCACAUGAGGCACGGUUCUGGUGGUGGUAUGGUACCUGGUCCGCAGGGCUACAGCAGCGGUCUGCCUCUAAUGAUGUCUGGUCAGAGCAUAUCCCAGCAGUCGGGACCCACUCCGACUUUAAACACACUGUUACAGUCACCAAACACCCAACCUCACUAUAGUAGUAAUUAUGACGGCUUCAGUGGACCGCACAAAGGGUCUGAUAUGGCGUCAGCAAACGGUGGCUACGGAAUGCCACCGGGCUGGAUGCAGCAAAGUCCCAGAGGGAUGGGCAAUUACUCUCAGAUGCCUAUGCCAGGUUCCUCUCCGUAUAGGGGCCAGAAUCAAAACUACAAUCAGUCCGGCUACCCCCAGUACAGCAACCAGGGCUCUACACAGCCAUCCCCAGGUCAAGGUCAAGAUCAGGGGUCAUCGCCUCAGCAACAGAGGCCCACCCCACAGACCUCGCCCCAUCAGUCUAUAAGCCCUGCCCCAUCCCCCUCCCCAGCCCACAAACUUCAACACAACCGAUCUCCAGGACCGACAAGACCGAAGCAUCCAUCGUCUCCUGGGAAACCAGGUCGGUCGUCCGGGCGAUCAGUGUCACCUUCAUCAAGGUCAUCAUCCAGUCAACAGUCCCCGCCUGGCCAUCAACAGUCAAACUCCCAGCAUAAUCAUCUAUCUAGUCCAAAGAUUACCUCCCCUGGGGAUGAUGUAAAAGGGGAGGCAACUCCAAUGCGUGACUCCUCGCGACCCGAGCCCUCUCCUGGAUCUGUCGGGUCAAGGUCAAACACGCCUUCACUUUCGGGUUCGAGUCCUAUGCCACCUCGGCCUCCGUCACAACACGAUGGCAGUCAACCACAGCGCAUGAGCCACUCACCAAUGUCCUCUUCAGGCUAUAACCAGCAGAUGAUGCCCCCGCCCAUGGGGCCCAACCAGAUGGGCGCAGGAUAUAACCAAGACAACCAGGCCCAGGUAUGGGGGGAAACUUACCCCCAGAACAUGUACAAUGGCCCGAGCCAGAUGGGACCAGGGGGUCAACACAUGUACAGCAAUAUGAACAGAGGAAACUACAACAUGUAUCCCAACAGUAUGAUGGGAAUGAACAAUCAGUACGGGAACUUCAACGGCCCUGGUCCGGUUCCCAACUCACAAGGGGCUCCACCGGGCCCUAAUGGCAUGCACAACUCCGGGCCGCAGAUGAAUGGACCUGCACCUCAUUCUAACAUGAGACCUGUGAGUGGGGGCAGUGUAGGCUCUAAUGGCCCCGUUGGGCCCCCAACACCCAGCGGGACUCCGAUAAAAGGGGCCCAGGCAGCUGCGCAGGUUGCCAUGGCAACAGCAGCAAGAACCCAGCAACCCCCGACACCGGGUCGACAGCAACCCAGCUCUAUGGCACCCUCCUCACGGAUGUACAAUGGUCCGCCCGCCGGGAUGCCCGUGCAUGGCCCCCAGCAUGGCAUGCCUCCCCAGUCCAUGAGCCCCCUGGGCCACAUGUACCAGAUGGGCAACAUCCCACCCCACCCCCAGAACUCUGGGUCACCAGUGCCUCCGUCUAGUGGUAAAAUGCAUAAUAAUUCUAACAGUGUGAACAAUUACGGUGGUGACGAACGGCCGCCUCCUAAGUCAAAAAAGUCAAAAUCUUCACGCGGUGGCGGAGGGGGCGGGCAUGACUCGGUGAAUAACAAUAUUCAAAACAAUUCAAUAGCAUCGCCACACAUGCCAAUGCCCAGCCCUGGGAUGAGUGAUAAUAAUUCCCAGGGUCCCCGCCCCUCCUCCACGCCCGCUUCUACUCUCUCUGACGCAGGAUCUCAAUCUAACGACUCUAUGGGACCAUUGAUGAACAAUGACAGCGGUACCGGGCAGGUCCACUCUGGUCACCACGGUGGCCAUGUGAACAUGGAUAAUAACUCACCUGCCUCUUUUACAAAUAAUAUCCACGAGCAUACCAUAAGAACUGUUGCUAAUGCAGGAGGUAGGAAAUACAUCAUGGAGACGAACACCAUGGAACCACCAGAGAAAAAGAAGAAAUCUUCGGAGGGUCUGGGUAUUAGCCAGUUGCCCUAUUCGCGGAUAGCCCCCUCCCCGGAUGGCGCUAGCAUAGCGUCAUCAGGCACGCACGAGGAUAUAGAUAAUAUAGGCAGCCCCUGUGGCGUGUCGAGUACAAAGUCCGGUGCGACCGCUGGCGACUACACCAAGCUGUACGAGAUGGGGAUGGAGCCGGAGCGUAAGAUGCUGCUGGACCGACUCGUAGCCUUUCUGGAGGAGAAAGGGACGCCCAUCACAAACAUGCCGGUGAUCAGCAAGCAGCCAAUCGACCUCUACAGACUCUACCUGAUUGUACAGGAGAAGGGCGGAAUGGUUGAGGUGACAAAAGCCAAGAAGUGGAAGGAGAUCUGUGGUCUUAUCAACGUCAGUGGUUCUGCUAGCGCUGCAUUCACGCUCAAGAAGAACUACAUCAAGUUUCUGUUUGCGUACGAGUGUCGCUUUGACCGCGGCAACAUGGAUCCUGCCCCUGUACUGGCUCAGAUGGAGAACGACCUGGAGCGUAAAAGGGCCGCCAAGCACCGACAGAGGGCUCCCUCGCCAGGUGAGCACAAUGGUUCACAGGGCUCCCAGGAUGGCCUGCCUAACCAGUUCAUGUCCAAUGAGCCUCACAUGGGUCACAUGGGGCAGGGCAUGAUGGGAGGUCACAUGAUGAACAACAUGGGGCCGCACGGUGGGCCCAUGAUGGGGCCAAAUGGCAUGGGCGGGCCGCACCAUAUGGCGCCCGGAAUGCAAGGGCCUGGUCACAUGAUGGGAUCCAUGGGGCCUCAGAACUACGGUGGUAGCUAUGGAAACAUGAUGCAGGGACCGGGUCCUGGACCGAACAUGAUGGGCCAGGGACCUCAAGGGAUGAUGGGACCUGGGGGCAUGCAGGGUGGCCCUAUGAUGGGGAGUAUGGGAGGGCCUCCCCAGGGGGGAAUGAUGGGCCCCAACAAUAUGGGCCAGCAUGGCAUGAUGGGAAACAUGGGCAACAUGCCUCCCAACAGUAUGAUGCCCCCCAAUAUGAUGUCAGGUGGUAACAUGGGUGGUAUGAUGCCCCCCAGUGGCCAGAUGAAUGCCCAACCCUAUGAUGCGAGGUCACACAUGCAGCAAGGGCCUCCUUCUGGGGCUGCUAUGAUGCCUCCAAACAGCAUGGGCAACACCAGCAUGCCCAUCAACAUGCAGAUGCCUAAUGACAGUGUGUCUUGCUUAGAUCCAUUCGCUGACGAGCCUUAUCACAAGUCCAACCCCAACCAACAGCAGAUGCCAUAUUCAGGCAUGCCGCCAAACUCCGGAGCUCAUGACUCCAGUUCUCCAAUGCCCCCUGCAAGUGGAGCGAUGCCUCCUAACAGUUCCUCGAUGAUGCCCAGUGCUGGUGCUCCUAUGCAGUCUGGCCACCCGCCACCCCACAAUGCCAUGGCCCAGUCAGGGGGCAGCCCUUACCCCGCCCCUAACAGCACACCAGCAGCUCAGGGCUCCUACAUGUCUCUCCAUUCCAACUCCAUGCCUAUGAAUGGUGGCCCCUUGCCUCCAGCGUCAUCACAGGGCUCUGACUACCCACCUCAGUCACAGCCCCCAGGCUUUGACUCCAUAAACUCGGAUUCUCAAGAAAACAGCUUGGACGUCCCUCCAUCCUCUAUGUUGAUGUCCCAGAACAACUCCAGUAUGCCACCCAACAGCCAAUACAAUGACACAGCCAUGACGCCAGUGUCCAAUACAUCCAUGCAGCCUAAUAUGCCCAUGUCCAGUGAACAGCCUAUGUACAGCCAGAGCCAGGAUAGUAACAGCAAUAGCAGCCUACCAGACUAUUCUGGACCUGGGACCAGUCAGUCUGCAGGUCAGCCUGGCAUGGACAUCUCAUCUAGUCAGUUUUCUAACGCAUCCAACACUGCAGGCUCCACGGUGCGCCAGUUUCCAUUUGGGGAUAACCAGUUUAACAAGCCGGAAAGGUUUGACCAGGGUUCUCCCAGCAUGAGCAAUUCUUGCAACACGCCAAUGUCCCAGGCCCCCAUGAUGAACCAGCCACCCAUGGGCAUGAACCAGGCUGGCCCCAUGGGACCCCAGGGCCCAAUGGUGCCUGGCCAGAACAUGAUGGGCUCCCAGCAGCCACCCAUGGGCCCGGGCCCUAUGGGUCCUCAGGGGUCAAUUGGUCAGCAAGGCCCGAUGCAGGGACCCAUGACCUACCAGCAGUCGGGCGGCAUGCCACAUGGUGGCUACAUUAACCCUCAGCAGCAGCCUGGCAUGGACCAAGGUCACAGUGGUCGCUAUGGAAACCAGGCACCGGACCAGUAUGGACAAGGGAACUACCACAAUCGCAUACCCAUGAUGAAAACUGACCAGUACCAGGGAUAUCAGGCCGGGCAGUACGGCAGUCAACCGAUGCCAGGUUACAGCACACCCAACAAGAUGUACCCAGACAAUCGGAAAGACUUUAAUUCACCAGCAUAUAACAGUCGAUGUAGCUCAAUGGGGUUCACAGGGUACUCUGACACUUCGUCGAACUACUCCACCCCGUCCCGCAAUCCCUACUAUGAUCCGUACAGUGCGGAGAAUAACUUUGCUCCGUAUGGUUCGCAAUCGUACGGUGGUCCGCCCAUGAUGACGUAUGGGGACCCCCCCAAUACGCCCCAUUAUCAGUCGGCCCAGCAGUAUAAUGAUUAUAACGAUCCCUCGGCAGCAUCCAAUGCUGACCGUGGUCAGGGUAGCUGGUCCCAGAUGGUGCCGCGCCCGUACAGUCAGGGCCCGGCCCAGUACGGUCCCAGUUCUGGCAUGGGCACGCCAUCCGGGCCUCAGGGCUGGACCCGUAAUCGCAUGUCACCCACGCCCAGGUGGAACAGUAACAACAUGUCUCCUGGGAAACAGAAAAUGCCAGGGGGAGGGUCAAUGUCGGGACAAUACAAGAAGGACAUGUUUUUCCCGUUUGAGUCUGUGGAGGCCACCCAACCACUGCUGAACAAACGCCGACGUCUCACGAAGCACGAUGUUGGUCAGAUAGAAGCUUGGAGGAUCAUGAUGUCGCUAAAGUCAGGCCUGAUAGCUGAGAGCACCUGGGCGCUAGACACACUCAACAUUCUUCUCUAUGACGACUCCACGGUGACCUACUUUGGGCUCGGACACCUGCCAGGCCUUCUAGAGGUCCUACUGGAUCAUCUACGUCGCUGUCUCAUUGAAAUAUUUGACCUGUUCGAGGACUCGCAGAUUGCGUCAGGCCACGACGACUUUAAGGAAAAUCUCAUCCGCAUGGCCAUCUUGGAAUCAGCGCGAAAGCAGGCCGAUGAUGACACUGUUGAGGAGGAAAAGGAGAUAAACAGAGUGAACAAAUCCUUGGCUAAGAUUGAGGACACUGAAGAGGAUUCUGAGGAGAAACCUGAGGUGGUGGAUGAGGCAGCAGUCAGUAAGUGUGAGACUGGUGGGGUGCCAAAGGGGGAGAGUGAAGGCAGUGGGGGGCAGGAAGAGGGGCCCGGAGGGCAGCUGAGGCCCAGAAGAAACUACAGUCUCCGUACACGGCAAGGCAAAGAAGUGAAGGUGGAGGAACACUCAGACCCCAAUGGCCUGUUGGAUGAGAAGGUCUGGGAUGUGUACGGAGAGUUUGGAGAGCAGACGGACAACUGGGAGAUUGGCAAGGGGGAUCUCACUGAACAUAUAUUCACUCACUUUGAGGACCGCAAUGAACACAAGAACAAUAGCAAACGUUUCUUCUGUCGACCCAUGAAACGGAAAGCUGAUUCGAAUCUAGAAAGGUCAGAUUUAGUUGAAGACUGUAAAGACUCCAAAUCUAAAGAAGGUGCAAUCAAAGAGGAGACGACUGAUGUUGAUGUGGAGGACUCCGUGUGUAACAAAGAUUCAGACUCUGAAAGGUGUGAGACAAGUUCUAACACCACAGACAGCAGUUGUGAGAAGAAUCAUUCAUGUAACGCAUUUAUUAAAAGUGAAACGUUGAAAUUGGAGCAUAGAGACUUGUUAUCAGAAAAGAAUGACUCCAAUGAUAGCCCUUGUGAUGAAAAAAUCUGUGAGAGAUCGUUCUUUAAGGACGACCCAAGGAUAAAGCUUGCAGUAAAAUACGAGCUACUGGAUAAUGAUGAGCUUGUACAGGUGUGUAAGACUCAGUUUGGGUUGAACACUGAGGGUGAGAGGUGUGGCGUAGAGGACGAGUCUUAUCAGCGCAAUGAGCCACCGCUCUGCCUCACCUCAGAAGCACAGCAUGAGAUUGCGCGCAGGUGUAUUUGUGUGUCAAACAUUUUCCGUAACUUGUCGUUUAUUCCUGGCAAUGACUUAGAAAUGUCAAAACAUUCUGGACUCAUUUACAUUCUGGGUGAGCUGCUGUUACUUUAUCAUAAACAUCUACCUCGAUCUCGCGUGCGCCGCAAGUUCGACCGUGACGACAUUGACGAGAACAUGGUGGACACAACUCAGGGUAUCGACGAGUGGUGGUGGGACUGUCUGAGCGUUCUGCGCGAGAAUACGCUUGUGAUCUUUGCUAACAUAUGUGCUCAGUUGAAGCUUGACGUGUUCCCAGACGCGAUCUGCCUGCCCAUCCUGGAUGGCAUGCUGCACUGGGUUGUAUGCCCAUCAGCCUGCGCGUCCGACCCCCUCCCCACCGUGGGCCCCACCUCCGUCCUCUCCCCUCUCAGACUUGUGCUCGAGGCCCUCUGUAAACUGUGCAUUCACGACAAGAAUGUUGAUAUGCUCCUGGCCUGUCCUCCGUAUGAACGUAUUGUGCAAUUAUUCAGUGUGUUGACAAAACUGCUGGCCAAUAAGAGCGAGCAGGUGACUAUGGAGUUUGCUAUCGUGCUGCUUUCUGAGCUGGUUCGUGGUGGCAGCAGUGCAGCGCGGGGUAUCGCACUGCAGCACCCGGUCAUCUCACUCCUCAUAGACUUCAUUGAGACGGCCGAGCAGAAGGCACUGCAGGUGGCCAACAUGCACACGGUGCAGAUGCUGCGGGACAACCCCGAGAUGAUGGGUACCAGUCUGGACAUGCUACGCCGAGCCGCCUCCGUUCUGACGCAUUUAGCGCGCGUGCCUGAGAACCGUAAACUCUUUGUGCAUCACCAGAGCCGGCUGCUGGCGCUGGUCAUGUCACAGAUCCUCGAUCACAAUGUCGCUGCGCAGCUUUCAGAUGUUCUGUUUCAGUGUUCAAAUGUGUCAUAGUACAUGUUCACGUGCAAUCAUCCCUGUUCCUACGUUAACAUUGGAGUGUUAGGCACGCAGGAUUUGAAUCACCAGUCUGGAUUGGCUCGACUCGUGUAUUGCGUUGAAAAGCGUGAUUAGCUCAAUUUUUUCUUUCACUUGUGAGUGACUGUGUCAUGUAAUGUUAACAUUGGCCAUGUUCAACAUGAGCUUCAUAUCUUUGGCUUCACAAAUAUCACAAUAAAUCAUCAUUUCACGAUUGUAUAUACAGAACUUGUAAAUAUCAUACUUGCAUUAACUUUUUUGAUGACUAUGUUUGAUGCAUGUGUUAUGCCUUGUUAUGUCACUUUCUCCAAAAUGGAGAUAUCUCAUUUUAAUUAUUAAAAUGAGUGUCAUUUUUUCAUAUGGCUAAUCCAACUGCAUUCAUAAAAAGUCUUAUUUCAUUUUGUAACCUUUAUAUUGUGUUACAUUUCUCUGCAUUUGUUAUUUAAAAUACUGCCUGAAUUAAAAUGAUGUUAUUAUUAUGUUUUGUUAUGACUAUGUUGUGAUUUGUGAGUAUUUCAAUAUGAUAUUGUUUUAUUUUUGUACACAACAUUACAAAAGCCAGGUGGUAUCUGACAUUCAGACAUCAGACGUACACUGUGUUGUUAUCUUGUUCAAUAGCCCGAUCUGGACUGCAAUUAUCAUGAGCAAAUUAAGUUUGCUUAGAAAUGAAAAUUAAUAUUAAUGAUUAAAAAUGGCCCAAAUUAUUGAGACAAAACAAUAUUUACCAGUUUUACUAACUGUAAUUUACAUUGUCUAAAUUGAGAAAUGUGUUAGUUAACUUAUUAUUUCUACAAUAGAUCAGCUUUGUUAUUGGAAGCUCAAAGAAGAGCAGUGUUCCAUGUUACAUAAAUAUAUGUUCUUAAAAACAUUCUUAAAAGUAAUUCUUAAUAUUUAAAAUCUUUGUGAACACCUGUAACAUUCCAAUGACCUAUUUAUCACUUAGUUGAUGUUGCUUCAUAUGAUGUUCUGCUGUUUGUUGCUAUGAUUUAAACUUAACAAGUGCUUGUUUGUUGGCUAUUUGGCCUGCAUUUCUUGAAUUUUACAUGCUUCAUUGUAGAAAGGCAUGAAUAUUCUUUCAAAACAUUCUGUACAUUUGUUUUCAUAUUUAAGCCAGAUUUGCGAGUGUAAGUGUGACUUGCAAACAUUUUUUUCUAUAAACAAAUAUUUAACAAUGUAUUGAAAUUAAUCUUGAAAAAUUACUAACAAUGUUGUAUUUCUUACAUAUGUGCAGAUAGCUUUAUUAUGUCAGACAUUGAAAAUGUGUAAAUAAAUUAUGAACAACA